GCCUUUGCUACAUUUGACAGGAUUAACUCAACAGAGCUAAAGAAAAUAAACACACUUGACUAAAACUAAAUACUCUCUGAAAGAUGAUGAAGACCAGUUUUUGUGUCACAGUGACGAUCAUGCUUGCCCUCUAUUUUAUUCAGGAGGGUUGCACCACCUUGACUGAUAAUGGGGAUCCUAACCAGGAUAUGGUGGAAGCAAGAGAUGAAACAGCUGCUGAAUUCUAUGAGAUCCCAGCGCACCACUGGAAGGUGGCAUACAACAACAGGCAGAAACGCCACGCUGACCCUGGAGCAUGCCGCUUUUGCUGUAACUGCUGCGGUCGUACGAAUUUCUGCGGCCUCUGCUGUAAAUGGUGAUUCUCGAAAUCAUCUGCAUUCCCAGAUAACAAGAAAACAUUGAAUCAACGAUAUUUCAUCUGAACUGUCAGAAUGGUUGAUAUCGAUUUCACAAUGCUAAAUAAAAAUGUAAUAAUCACUGCAA